AUGCUCGAAGGAGAGGCUGAGUAUUGGUGGCAGGGGAUACAGCGACUGCUGCAACAAAAUGAAGGUGACAUUCCUUGGGAUACCUUUAGGGACGAAUUCUAUAAGAAGUAUUUUUCGAGAGCGGCACGUGACGCUAAGGAGAUAGAGCUUAUGCAACUAAAGCAAGAGGAUAUGAUUAUUGCUGAGUACGCCCAUAAGUUCGAUGACUUGUGCCGUUUCUCCAAGAUUUGUCAAGGGAACCCGGCCGACUUUGAGGAAUGGAAGUGUCUGAAUAAACUAGUGGAAGAAUGUUCGAAGAAGGCAGCGAUAGCUCGAGCAGAUCGUAGGGAGGCCUCACGAAGAGACCUUAUUCAGAAUUUAGCCCCUCAAGGUCGCAACUUUAAAGCCAAUGAUCAAUAUCGGCGCCAAAAUAGGAAUCAACGGAAUGGUGAUUUUUUUGCUCGCAACAACAAUAACAACCAUAACUAUAAUCUGGGACAGGAACGAGGAGGUCAAUCUCAGGGUAUUUCGAUAUGCUCAAGGUAUGGGAAAGAUCAUGGUAAUAGACUUUGUCAGUAUGGAACAAAAAACUGUUAUACUUGCGGAGAACCUGGACAUAUGGCCAGGGCUUGCCCAAAUAGGUUUGUUCAAAAUCCAGCCAGAACACAACUAUUAGGACGAAUAUCUACCAUGACUAUUGAUGAUGCUCUGUACUCAGACUCCGUGAUCCAAGGUUAG